AUGAUUUCUCCAGGUGACUUCCCAUGGAUAUUUGCAGCCGUAUUGAUACUUUUUGGAUUACAAUGCAAUUCUGGAGAUACUUUGAACACAAGGCAGAAACGAGAUACUUCUAAUGAUCAGCCUCGGAUGUCUUCAGAAAAUGGAAAUUUGAUAUUUUCUCCAAGUCAAACAAAAAAUAUUGAGUUCAAGACUGGAACGUAUGGGAAAAUUAAAGUGAAUGAGGAUGACCUUGCAGAACUUUUAACCCAGAUACAUAAAAACAAAGCAGAGAUUGCAGAAUUAAAAGAAAAUGCAGCAGGAUCCCACCCAAAUGUUACAAAUCAAAUUAACCAUCUUAACUCCAAGAUAAUUGAUAUUGAAGCUAGAUUCCUAAAUUUUCAACAGAUGGUCAACAGAAAAGCAUGCAGCAGUAACCCAUGUCAACAUUCUGGUACCUGUAUAGACCUCUUGGAUGCUUUUUUCUGUCUAUGUACAACUAAAUGGCAGGGACCAUUUUGUGCUGAUGAUGUUAAUGAAUGCCAGCUCUAUGAUGAAACUGCGCUUGGCUGUCAUAAUGGAGGUAUAUGUUCGAAUACACCAGGAAGCUACAGUUGUUCAUGCCCUCCAGAAUGGUUUGGACCACAGUGCUUGUCAAAAUAUGAUGACUGCAAACAGGGCUCUUUGAAUCUCUGUGUACACGGCAUUUGUGUUGAUUCAGACAGAGUUGACUACAAUCAGCCAAAGUACAGCUGUGUAUGCGACGCAGGGUGGAUGUCCCCUCCUGGUAGUCCUGCUUGCACUGCAGAUAUAGAUGAAUGUUCCCUUGAUAACCCUCCGUGCUCCCAGAAUCCUCCAGUCCAGUGCAUAAACAGAGAAGGUUCUUUCACUUGCGGCCCUUGUCCUUCAGGCUGGCAAGGAAAUGGCUAUAGCUGUAAGGAUAUCAAUGAAUGUGAGACAAACAAUGGAGGAUGUUCAUUGAAUCCAUUGGUUCAGUGCUUAAAUACUAUGGGAUCGUACUACUGUGGGGCAUGUCCUCCAGGUUAUGAAGGGGAUGGACGACAGUGUACUCAAAAAGAUGCUUGUUCUUUGGACAAUGGCGUAUGUCAUCCUCUGGCUUCCUGUGUACCAAAUGAAGGUAGUAUUUUGCCAAUUUGCGUCUGUCCACCUGGCUACCUUGGAAAUGGCUAUGGAUCUACCGGUUGCCUGGCUACCAGCGAUAUCUGCAAAAAACAUAAUCCUUGUGUAAAUGGAGAGUGUAAGCCUACAGUCGCAGGGUAUGUGUGUGAAUGUAAUUCAGGAUGGAAUGGCCCCAACUGUACAGAAAAUAUCAAUGAAUGUUCCAGCAACCCUUGUCAGAAUGGUGGGACAUGUACUGAUGCAAUCAAUAGUUACUCGUGUAAUUGUACAAGUGGAUGGACUGGAUUUCAUUGUGAAACUCCUACACAAGAAUGUGGUGGCAUUUUAACUGGGUUAUCUGGGACAUUAAGUUACCCCAUCACACCAGACACACAACUGUAUGAUCACGCGGUGAGCUGCGUUUGGGUUAUUAGAACUGCACUACACAAGAUUCUGCAUAUUACUUUUUCUAACUUUAAUCUGGCGACCAGCAUGGGAUGCAGCAUUGAGGCUCUACAAAUUCAUGAUGGAGAAUCAGUUUCAGAUGAAAUCUUAGGGACAUACUGUAGCAGCACAGCCCCAGAACCACUCUUCAGUUCUAACAAUGUUCUGAAUAUUUGGUUCCACUCAAACCAUUCCCUGAAUACUGGAAGGUUUACAAUAUCUUGGGAGUCACAAGAGCCAGAAUGUGGAAGUCACCUAUCUGGAAAUCAUGGAUCAAUCUACUCCCCUGGUUACCCCAAUAACUACCCUCUUAAUCAUGACUGCUACUGGACAAUCUCUGCUGAUCCUGGGCUCUUCGUCACCUUUGCCUUUGGAACACUAUAUCUGGAAAAUCAUGAAAACUGUGACAAUGAUUAUCUUGAGAUACGAGAUGGCCUUCUCUCUCAUAAUACAGUCCUUGGAAAAUAUUGCAAAACGCAGUCACCAGCACCUCUGCAGACCUCUGGCCCAUAUGCAUGGAUUCGUUUUCACUCGGACAACAUAGGAUCAGACCGGGGCUUUCAUAUCACCUACAUAACAUCACCUUCUGGCCCUGACUGUGGAGGUAACUUUGCAGAAAGUGAAGGUUAUAUUCAGUCUCCAUCCUGGCCUAAUUCUUAUACUGGAAACAAGCAAUGCAUCUAUAUCAUUAGACAAGGUCUUGAUGACCACGUUAAUCUAAGAUUUACGCAUUUGGAACUAAAAAACAGCACUGGAUGUGCCCUAACCUACAUUGAGAUACGUGAUGGAGAUACAGAGGCCAGUUCACUGAUUGGAAAGUAUUGUGACAGUACAAUUCCUGCAUCUAUUACUUCAAGUUCAAAUUCACUUUGGAUAAAAUAUAAGUCUGAUUCAUCAGUAACAUCAAGUUUCAGGGCUUUUUAUCAAGUUGCCUGCGGAGGAGCACUUUCAGGAUCAGGUCAAAUUCGAACACCUCACUACCCUAAUGCUUAUCAUCGUGAAAGGACUUGUGAAUGGGUUAUUACUCAACCAAUAGGAACAUUAGUUGUAUUUAAUUUUAACUCAUUUAACGUCUUAACUGGUCCAACAUGUGGUAACAAUUAUGUUGAGGUAAGAGAUGGUCCUUCGGCUGAGUCUAAACUUAUUGGAAAAUAUUGUGGGCCUGAGAUGCCGCCAUCUGUUCAAUCAACCCAGAGAAAUCUCUACGUUAAAUUUGUUACUGACUCCUCAGAGGCGAACCGCGGUUUCUUAGCUUCAUUUACAUCCGUACUUGAUGGCUGUGGUGGGACUCAUACAGCCCCUGAAGGCACCAUUAGAAGCCCAGGCUACCCAGAAGCCUAUCCACAUGGUAUUGACUGUACGUGGGUUAUCACAGUACAGCCUGGCAACUUCAUACGCUUGUCAUUUGAUUUCUUCCAUUUUCAGCAUUUUUACACUUGCUCUUAUGAUUAUCUAGAGAUCUUUGACAGUGACAGCACUGCAGCUGCUGAGACUAAAGUGGGAAGAUACUGUGGAAGGUCCAUUCCUCCAUCAAUAACCAGUAGUGACAACAAAAUGACUUUGCUUAUGGUUACUGAUUCCUCUGUGUCUACUGAAGGAUUUUCAGCUAACUACAUAUCAGUUAAUGCCUCUACAGUUUGUGAUGCUGAACUGAUGGGAGACUCUGGAAUAUUUACAUCUCCAAACUAUCCAAACUCCUAUCCUAAUAACAGAGAGUGUAUUUACACCAUCACAGUGGAAACAAAUAAACAAAUUGCACUGAAUUUCACAACGUUUGCUCUUAAUAGUUUUUCAAGUUGUGACCGAGACUAUGUCGAAAUAAGAGAUGGAGGUUAUAGAAUAUCACCACUACUUGGUACAUUCUGUUCAGAAAAGCCUCCUGCCAUUAUCUCACACAGCAAUAAACUUUGGAUAAAAUUUAAAAGUGACAACAGUUUGGCCAGUUCUGGAUUUUCAGCUCAUUGGGAAAUUGCAUCCACAGGUUGUGGAGCAACCCUUACAACAGUAUCUGGCAGCUUUACGUCUCCAAAUUACCCUAUGCCAUAUUACCACAACUCAGAGUGUUACUGGUUACUGAAAGCAUCUAGUGGAAACAUUCUAGAGAUAGAAUUUGAGCAUUUCAAUUUAGAAUCUGGCUCAGAUUGUGUUGGUGAUUACCUUGCUAUAUAUGAUGGCAAUAAUACUUAUUCACAUCUAUUGGAAAAACUUUGUGGAAAUCGACUGCCAGAUUCAAUCCGAUCUACUGGAAACAAUUUAUAUGUGAAGCUGAGAACAGACAGGCACAUAUCUUACAGUGGUUUCCAUGCUACAUAUAGGCAAGUUUGUCAAAACGUUGUCAUAGGAAAUCGCAACUAUGGUGCUUUGGAAAGCUUAAACUAUCCCAACAAAUAUCCUGAGAAGCAACAUUGCAACUGGACCAUACAAACUACAGCUGGGAAUACAAUUAACUAUACAUUCACAACAUUUGAUAUAGAUACAUAUUGUUUAAAUGACAAUGUAAAGUUGUAUGAUGGACCUAAUACCCAAGGUAGACUCAUUGGAACCUUUUGUGGAAGUCAGUUACCACCAUCUGGCAGUACAAACAGUACAAGUCUCCAUGUGGUCUUUAAUUCAGAUGUUUCAUAUGUCCUAAGAAAGGGGUUUCAGCUUUUGUGGAAUGUAAACGGUUGUGGGGGUGAAUUAUUUGGUUCCUCUGGAUCCUUCAACAGUCCUGGUUAUCCCAAUAAGUACCCCAGCAAUAAAGAAUGCAUUUGGUAUAUACAAACCUCUCCGGGCAGUAGCAUUCAGAUCACAAUUUUGGAGUUCAGCAUAGAAUAUCAUUCAUCAUGUAGUUUUGACGUUCUGGAGAUAUAUGGUGGUCCUGGAUUAUCUUCACCAAGACUAGCGCAGCUUUGUGCAUCUCGUUCUCUGGACAAUCCAUUGCAUGUUUCCAGCACUGGAAAUAGAGUUGCAGUUCGAUUUAAGACGGAUUCAUUUGUCAGUGGCAAAGGGUUUAAUGCUACAUGGCAUGAAGUUCCUGGAGGUUGUGGUGGACUGUUUCAAGCAUCCAGUGGAGAAAUCCAUUCACAGAAUUAUCCAAAACCUUAUGAGAACAACACAGAAUGUUCUUGGACUAUUAGAGUUGACUUUGGACACAGAGUUCUCUUAGAAUUUACAGACUUUGACAUUGAAUUUCAUUCUUCAUGCAGUUACGACACUGUCAGCGUCUAUGAUGGUCCAGACAGUGACUCUCAACUUCUUGCAGUUUUAUGUGGCCAACAGCUUCCAAGUGCAAUAACUUCUACUCAGAAUACAAUGUUUGUAAGACUGCGAUCUGAUUCAAGUAAACAGCAUAAAGGAUUCAGCGCUCGUUUUAGUGAAGCAUGUGGCAGUAUAAUCACAGCUGAUUCUGUUGGUGCAGUUAUUUCCUCUCCAUUGUAUCCCGUCAGUUACCCAAACAAUCAAAGCUGCAUCUGGAUUAUCCAAGCCCAGGAACCUUUUAACCAUGUCACAAUUUCUUUUACGGAUUUUAACACUGAAGAUAGAUAUAACAAUUGUACAACAGAUUUUGUGGAAAUAUUGGAUGGGGAUAACUAUGAUGCACCCCUUAAAGGUCGUUACUGUGGCAGCACAAUACCACAUCCUAUUACCUCUUACAGCAAUGCCCUUGUCCUAAAAUUUAUUUCUAAUAGUGCCACAAAUGCCAAAGGCUUUAAAGCCAGCUAUGCAGCUUCAACAUCAGCAUGCGGAGGUACCUUACACAUGGAAACAGGAGCCUUCAACAGUCCUGGCUACCCAGAAGAUUAUCCAGCAAAUAUUGAAUGUGUUUGGAGCAUUCUCAGCUCUCCAGGCAACCGUCUCCUGCUGUCUUUCAUAACAUUCUCACUUCAAGAAAGUAGCAACUGUUCACAUGACUACCUUGAAAUCAGGGAAGACAAUGAAACUGGUGCUUUGAAGGGACGCUUCUGUGGAAAUACCUUGCCAAGCAAUAUCACUUCCAUCAUUGGUCACAUCCUGUGGAUUAAAUUUGUCACUAAUAGUGAUGUCAGUGGCUCUGGGUUUAGGGCCACAUUUUCACACUUAUAUGGGAAUACUUUUUUUGGAACACAUGGACAAAUCUCCUCUCCACUAUGGCCAAGGAAUUAUCCAGAUCGUUCCAACUACAUUUGGAAAAUUAAUGUGGAUUCAUCUCAGAUUAUUGAAGCCAGAAUUCUUGAGAUUGACAUUGAAGACCAUGCUAGGUGUUUGUAUGAUAAAUUACAUAUUUAUGAUGGCCCUGACACACACUUUCAUAUUAUUGGCACAUAUUGUGGAGUCGCCACACCUCCUUCCCUGUUCUCUUCUGGUAAUGUGAUGACAGUCCAGUUCUCAAGUGAUAGAUCUGUCAACAAGAAAGGCUUUUUACUAGAAUGGACUGCGAUUGAGACAUCUACUGGUCCACUACCUACAAUAGCUCCAGGUGCAUGUGGUGGUAUUUUAAGAACAGGAGAAGUUCCAGCAUUUUUCUUUUCUCCAGGAUGGCCAAAUAAUUAUCCUGCAUACUUGGACUGUACCUGGGUCAUCAAAGCUCCAGAAUCAACAGUGGAAUUAAAUAUCCUUGCAGUAGAUAUAGAAACACAUGGUUCUUGUAAUUACGACAAACUUGUAAUAAGAGACGGAGAUAAUAACAACUCUCCUGAACUUGCUACUGUCUGUGGUAGAGAGGCCCCAGGACCAAUCAGAUCUUCUGGAGACAAUAUGUUCAUUCGAUUUUCAUCAGAUGGAUCCAGCUCCGGAGGAGGCUUUAAUGCAUCUUAUCAUAAAAGCUGUGGUGGCUAUUUACAUGCAGAUAGAGGAGUUAUCACUUCACCCCAUUAUCCAGAAAACUACUCACCAGAUCUAAGUUGUACCUGGCAUGUUGUGGUUACAAAAGGAUUUACAAUUGCUGCUCACUUCGAACAAGAGUUUCAGAUACAAAACAAUAAUGGUGGCUGUACCAGUGGUGACUUUAUAGAGCUAAGAAAUGGCCCUUAUGAGUCUGCACCUCCUUUGGGACCCCCUGAGCGCAAUGGAAAGUUUUGUGGGAACACUGCGCCAUCAACAAUGCACACAAGUGAUAAUGAGAUGUUUGUUCGUUUUGUUUCUGACAACACUAAUGAGGGCAAAGGAUUUAAACUUAAAUACGAAGCAAAAAGUUUGGCAUGUGGAGGAACUAUAUAUGUGAGCCAAUCUGAUCCCAGUGGAUUUGUUUCAUCACCCAAGUAUCCUGAGAACUAUCCUCAAAAUGCUGAUUGCGCAUGGACCAUCAUAGUACCAAACUCAGAAGCGGUGCAACUGGAUUUUAAAGAUCAAUUUUAUAUUGAACCAUCCACCAAUUGCAGCUCCAGCUAUUUGGAAUUACAUGAUGGCACAGAUACCAAUAAAAGGCUCAUUGCAAAACUUUGUGGAAAUACCCUGCAACUGCCAGCCACCUAUAAAUCUCUUGGAAAUGUCAUGUAUAUGAGGUUUAGAUCUGACAGUGGUACAACCCGCACUGGAUUCAAUGCUAUGUAUUCCAUUGCUACGUGUGGGGGAACUCUUUUUGGACAGAGUGGCAUCAUCCAGAGCCCAGGAUAUCCUACUCAUAACUACCCAGACAGCAACUUAUGCGAAUGGUAUUUCAAUGGACCCACUGGCCAUUACCUCACCAUAAGUUUUGAAGCACUAGACAUUCAAAAGUCUACAGACUGCUCAAUUGACUAUGUGGAAAUCCGGGAGUAUAAUGCAUCUGGAAGACUAUUGGGUGUAUUCUGCAAUAGUACCAUACCAAAUGACCUGGUAACAUCAGACAGUUUUGCUUAUAUCAAGUUUGUUAGUGAUGGAUCCAUAAAUGCAACUGGAUUUAGACUGAGAUUUGAAGCAAGUAUUGAAGAAUGUGGUGGAGAAUAUACCGGCACAACAGGAACACUAAGUUCUCCUAAUUAUCCUAACUUAUACCCUCAUAACCGUGAAUGUCAGUGGAGAAUCACAGUGCCAGAAGGGAAACUUGUCACUCUGACUAUUAAUGACCUAAGAAUCCAAGACCAUCCCAGCUGUGAUUAUGACUAUGUGGCAAUUUACAAUGGGUUUCAGGACAAAUCUCCCAUGAUAGUGAAGCUAUGCAAUAAUGUAGCUCCAGAUACAGAAGUGAAGUCUUCAGGCAACACAAUGAAAGUUAUUUUUGUUACAGAUGGCUCUGUUUCCAAUGGAGGUUUUAUGGCUACAUACACUUCAAUGGAAGAUUCAGUUUGUGGUGGUUUGCUUUCCGAAUCCACUGGAGGAAUUUUUAAAUCUCCUGGGUACGAUGGAGUCUACAAUUAUACUAAGAAUCUGAAUUGUGAAUGGGUCCUUCAAAAUCCAAACCAUGUUAACUCAUCAACUUAUAUCUCAUUUCAAACUCUGCAACUGGAAAAUCACCAGAACUGUCAAAAUGACUUCAUAGAAUUCCGUUUAGGUGAUGCAGAUGGAGAACUGUUAACCAGGCUAUGUGGCAACAAUAAGCCUUCAGUUCCAGUUACCAUUGUUGCUCCCCAGAUUUGGGUACAUUUUGUGAGUAAUGCAGAGGUGGAAGCUCUUGGAUUUAAUGCCAGUUAUACAUUUACAGGGUGUGGUGGUAUACAGACUGGUGAAAGUGGAGUUAUAUCAAGCCCUAAUUACCCUCAACCUUACAACAAUGAAAGCCAUUGUGCUUGGUUAUUGGAUGCUCCAGAAGGUUAUACCAUAUCUCUAUCAUUUACACAUUUGGACAUUGUAUAUAAAUCAGCCUGCCGCUCGAGCUCUGUUACUGUAAUUAAUGGUGGUUCUGUGGCAUCACCAGUGAUUGGACAAUAUUGCGGAACUGUAUCUCCUGGAACCCUUCAGUCGGGAUCUAAUAAAAUGUUGGUAAUAUUCAAUUCAGACAAUUCUCCACAAGCUGGAGGAUUCUAUGCCAGUUGGACCUCUGACUCCUUAGGCUGUGGAGGGUACAUCCAUGCAGAUAUUGGUAAUGUCAAAUCUCCUGGUUGGCCUCAAAACUUCCCUCCAGAUAGUAGAUGCACUUGGAUAAUACAAGCUCAUGCCAGCAAUCAUCUCGAGAUGACUUUUGAUAAUAACUUUCAUAUACCAGAUAACAAUGAUGGAUGCCAAAGAAGCUAUGUAAAGAUAUGGGGGGGUUCUGAAGAAACCCAAGAGGCACCGUUAGCCCAUAGUUGUGGGAACUCUGCUCCAGGCACAGUUGUUACUCCAAACAGUAUUGGAAGAUUAACGUUCCAGUCACAAGACUCUCCAGGAAGUGGCUUUUCAGCUUCUUUUAUAAGCAGAUGUGGAGUAAAUUUUACUGGAUCAAAUGGGCAAAUAGUAACUACAAACUACCCAAAUAAAUAUGACAACAACUUAAACUGUAACUACAGUAUUAUGGCUGAUGCAGACACCUAUGUUGUACUGGUUUUUGAGACUUUUGAGCUAGAAUGUAACCAACAAUGUAGAAAGGAUGGAGUAAAAAUAUAUAAUAAUGAAAGACCUACUGGAACCUUAAUUGCAACUCAUUGUAGUGACACAGUCCCUGCUCCUGUGAGCACAAAAGGUCCAAUGUCUAUCAAUUUCUACACUGACUCAGAAACUAUAAUGCAUGGAUUUCUGGCAAACUAUUGGUCAACAAAAUGUGGAGGCAUUUUUAAUUCUUCUUCAGGAAUCUUAAAAAGCCCAACACACUCCUUCACAAAUUAUCAUAACAACAUGAACUGCACCUAUCAUGUCAUUGCUCAGGAAAACAAAAUUGUGGAGUUAAAAUUCAAUUCAUUUGAUGUAGAACAAUCCUCUUCUUGCUUAUAUGACUAUGUGGCUGUAUAUGAUGGUUCAGAUAUCUACAGUCCGCUUCUUGGAAGGUUCUGCGGAAAUGUGUUACCUACUGUUCUAAGGAGCACCUCUAAUAAUUUAUUCCUGGUGUUCAAGACAGAUUCAACUGCCACUACAGGUGGCUGGAAAGCAUCUUUCAGACAGACCUUGGGACCUUUACAAGGAUGUGGUGGUUAUCUGAGUAACCCAACUGGCAAUUUUGGAUCUCCUGACUCUGAUUUUGAUGGAAAAUAUGACAAAAACUUGGACUGUGUGUGGUAUAUUUCUGUUCCUAUAAACAAGGUGAUAAAUCUCACAUUUGCUUCUUUUGCACUAGAAGCUCAAUCUUCUGGAAAAUGCCAAUAUGAUUUUGUUAAGAUUUUUGACAGUAGAGAUACAACUACUAAUUUGCAAGGUACUUUCUGUGGGUCGAGCAUCCCUGCUCCUUUUGUUUCUUCAAGUAACUUCUUGACUGUUUGGUUUAUCAGCGAUUCAAAUGCAGAAAGUACAGGUUUCAACGCAACAUAUGUAGCUAAUGACUUAAUAUGUGGUGGAAUCUAUAAUGCAACCUCUAACCCAAGGACUACAGCAACACCAAACUUCCCAGACUCCUAUCCACCUUUUACACAGUGCGUUUGGACUCUUGAUGCACCAGAAAAGGAAAAUCUAAAAAUUGAAAUAAAGACAUUUAAUCUGCAAGUUAAUGCAGAUUGCUCUGAGAAUUAUAUAGAACUAAAAGACUUCCCGGUGGGUGAUUAUGGACAAGUCCAUAAAUACUGCAGUAAUGAAACAAUUAAAAUCCCAGAGUUCUACUCUUAUAGUCGUACUGCAGUUGUCAUUUUUAAAUCUCAGCAAUAUACAACAGGCAACGGAUUCAUCUUCACCUAUCAGACUGCAAACUGCAGCCGAGAAUAUAACCAAUCAUUUGGUUACGUGAAAAGUCCAGGAUGGCCAGGGGGAUAUCCUCAUAAAACAGAAUGCACAAUAAUUCUGAGAGCUCCUGAAAAUCAUAAAAUUUCUCUUUUCUUCAAUUCAUUCCAUUUGGAGAUUUCUGUUUCAUGCCCUGACUAUUUAGAGGUGUGGAAUGGCACUGAACCUACCUCAACACUUAUUGGAAAGUACUGCGGAAACUCUCUGCCUAACCCUAUAUUUCCUAAUAACAAUGUUUUACGAUUACUUUUCAAAAGUGAUAUAAUAAUAAAUCGUGAUGGAUAUGAAAUUACCUGGACUUCAUCUCCAACUGGUUGUGGCGGCACAUUGUUUGGAGACCAUGGAUCAUUCACUAGUCCACAUUAUCCUGGCACUUACAGCAGCAACACAGAUUGUGAAUGGACUAUACUUGCUCCACUGGGAAGGCUGGUUAGAAUCAACUUUGUAACCUUUAGCAUUGAGGAUGAAGGUGACUGUGUAUUGAACUAUCUCAAAAUCUACAAUGGUUCAGAUGCCAGCUCUCCUGUAAUUGGAUCAUACUGUGGAACACAUAAUGACAUUGCUCCAAUCAACACCACAUCUCAUCAAGUCUUCAUUAAAUUCCAUGCAGAAACUGUAACAUUACCUUCAGGUUUCAGACUAACUUGGAACAGCUGAAACAGCUGUACUUAUAGGUCCUGAUAUAUUAACACUUGAUUAUAAGCUACAACUAUUCCUGCUCACUACUAAAAAUGGAAAGUUAUCUCAUUGCACUUUGUUAUAGAAUUUGAGGUAUAUAAAAUUUUAGAGUUGACACAAACAGUCAUAACACAAAUAAUGAGAUUCAGUUAUUUUACUUGCAGGAAUCAAAAUCACAUGCACUAUGAAUUAAUAAAAUAUUAGAAUGAA